GCAGAAAGAUUUUCUCGUGUCGAGAAGGCCCACGUGAGAAAAUAGUGCGAACUUCACGGCGUAGUUUUGUUAUUACGAUUAAGCAGCGACAUUUUUUAAAAUCAGUUUCAUUGAAGCCCGCGUUAACCUGCGGCACUUCACUAGUCCUGUUUGUUAACUAGUUAACUAACGUUAGUUAAAAAGUUAGCUAGUCCUGGUGGUUCGUCCGUAGUUCUAGACAAGAAUACAGCCGAGGAUCAAGCGACCUCUGACGGAGAAACGCAAAUGGCGAAGCUUCGGUCGUCCUGACGCACGGCGGGAAGAAAAACGUCGUCUCGUGAGGUGAAGUUAUCGUAAAAGGAGUGACAUCGGUUUCGACCCGCGCACUGGUGUUGCAGACAGCAAAACUUGAUGACGUCAGCGGCAGGGUAUCCUCCACGUUUGCUUGACAGGAAGAAGCGGAGUUCUGUUCGCGAAAGAAACAGUUAACGGAUAGGGGGUCGUGCUGCAGCCGCAGAACUUGAAGAGGGCGGAUUGGGAUGCUACAAACCGUCUUUGUCUGUAUUUUUGUAUGAACUUGAACAGAAAAUCUCAUUGAUACGUGCGACUGAUUCAUCUGCUAGCUUUUCCUCUGAAGGUGAACGUUUCAAGAAAGUUUAGCGAUGUGCUGUCAACCAUAGUUCGUGAACGGAAGAUAGAUUUUACAUGUUUAGGUACCACUUUGAAUGUUGCUUAGUACGCAUGUACGACUCAGGAGAGUUUCAUCGUGAGCCCGUUGCGCAGUUGGGCAGAAAACAAGAAAUUUGAUUUGGACGAUGCGUGCAAUGUUGAGUACGGCUCCGUACGUAAUGACAGAGCUGGUUAAAUUGUGAAAAAGCCACGACGAGGCAGUCUUGCGAAGGAGAAACCUGCUGGGAUUUUGUUGUUCGUAUCGCUGGAAUCGGGCUGACCGUGCGGCGAUGGAGGACUUUCUCAGUUUGGACUUCGACACGUCCGACUGUUCGUGGAAACUGUGGGACGGCAUCGAACAGGAACCGUGUUAUUUCGACGGCCUCCUGGAGCUGGACUUCGUGUCAGACCUCGGUGUGUCUGACCUCGGUCUGUGCACGUCUUCUUCGGACGACACCUCGCUGGGUCUGUCUACCCUCCUCGAGGCAACCCCUGUCCUGACGAACGACUGCUGCGAACAGCAGCUACAGCUGCCAUCGCCCGAAGGCGAGGAAGACACAAGCCCCGACUCUUGUGACCUGGCCGCGAUGGAAGCCACGCCGCUGGACGCCUACGAUGCCGCUGCUCCCGCGUUUCCGAAAGCCAGAAACCAAGCCAAGGCCACGUCGCGAAACGCCGCCCGGGAACGCAGCCGAGUGAGGAGCCUUCGAAGCGCCUUCCAGGCUCUGCAGAGUUCGCUGCCAUCAGUGCCCCCGGACACGAAGCUGUCCAAGCUGGACAUCCUGGUCCUGGCGUCCAACUACAUCGCCCACCUGGGCGCGCUGCUCUCGGACGACGAACAGCAACAUAGCGAUGACAGUUCUGCGGACGACUCACCGGGAAGAGAAGUCGAAUCUGCGAACAGCCGCAGCUACCUGCAUCCCGUCAAGAAGUGGCCCAUGCGUUCGCGCCUCUACGCCGGUGCCAAGCCGUACGCGGACGACAGAAGCCGAAGACAGGCCGGUCACUUUGUGGCGACGAAGAAGUCUUCGAAGAACGCCUGGAGGCACCAGGAGUCGAUGACGUAGGCGAUUUACGACGAUUCGCGCAUACCAAUGAAAUCGCUAUUACAACUACGUACGAUGCAGCACGUGUUCGAACUCGUCGACUCGAACACAAGUUUGGGGACCGUAAACGUGAAGUCGUGCGAAUGAAACAAUAAGUUGCUCCGCUCUAAUCACGCAUAAAAGAUCAUCGCUUAUCC